CUUGGGGUUAGCAAAUGGUGAACCCUAGGUGAUUAGUCCUCCCACCUUGGGCCAAGGGCUCACCUGAAGUAUUUAUAAGUAGAAACCGGGAAGCACUUGAAAGUGAGUAUGUUAGUUCGAAUCUACAUCACUGGAUAGAUCUGGUUUUUGGUUAUAAGCAGCGUGGAAAACCAGCAGUGGAGGCUGCGAAUGUCUUUUAUUAUUUGACUUAUGAAGGUGCUGUUGAUCUUGACACUAUGGAAGAUGAUCUGCAAAGAUCAGCAAUUGAGGAUCAAAUUGCUAACUUUGGCCAAACACCAAUCCAGAUUUUUCGUAAAAAACAUCCAAGAAGAGGGCCACCUAUACCAAUAGCACACCCGUUAUAUUUUGCUCCUGGUUCCAUUAGUUUAACGUCCAUUAUUUCAUGUUCCACUAAUCCUCCAUUAGCCAUAUUACACAUUAGUAUGUUAGACACGCAUAUUGUCCUUGUGAGCCAGGGGCUAGUUCUGACUGUUAAAAUGUGGUUGACCACCCAGUUACAGUAUGGAGGAAACUUUACAUUCUCUGGAUCUCAGGAACCUUUUUUUGGAGUGGGUUCAGACAUUCUUUCUCCUCGUAAAAUUGGGAGCCCUUUAGCUGAAAAUUUUGAACUUGGAGGACAAUGUUUCGCUACCAUGCAAACACCUGUUGAGAACUUUUUGGUUUCUUGUGGUAAUUGGGAUAAUAGCUUUCAUAUUAUUUCUGUGGCUGAUGGCAGGUUGUUACAGAGCAUCCGACAACAUAGUGAUGUGGUUAGCUGUGCAGCAGUGGCAUCAGACGGAAGUAUUCUUGCGACGGGAAGUUAUGACACUACAGUUAUGGUGUGGAAAGUUCUUCGUGGUAGGAGCACUGAAAAACGAGUACGCAGCACACAAUCAGACCCACCUCGAAAAGACUAUGUCAUUGCAGAGACUCCAUUCCAUGUUCUCUGUGGGCAUGACGACAUAAUUACGUGCUUAUAUGUUAGUGUGGAGUUAGACAUAGUUAUCAGUGGAUCAAAAGAUGGGACUUGCAUUUUCCAUACUCUUCGUGAAGGAAGAUACAUAAGAUCUUUGCAUCAUCCAUCUGGUUGUGGAUUGUCCAAGCUCAUAGCUUCACGACAUGGCAGAGUUGUUUUUUACGCCGAUGAUGAUCUUAGUUUGCACCUCUAUUCAAUAAAUGGUAAACAUUUGGCUGCUUCUGAAUCCAACGGCCGCCUCAACUGUGUUGAACUGAGUCAAUGUGGCGAGUUUUUGGUCUGUGCUGGUGAUCAUGGUCAGAUUGUUGUCCGCUCCAUGAACUCACUUGAGGUUGUAAGUAGGUACAACGGAAUUGGAAAAGUAAUUGUGUCUCUAACAGUAACUGCAGAAGAAUGCUUUCUUGCUGGGACAAAAGAUGGGAGUCUUCUUGUAUAUUCUAUUGAAAAUCCUCAGCUACGAAAAGCUAGUCUUCCUCGAAAUACCAAAUCUAAACCUUCUGCUGCAGGAUAGGACUUUUUUUUUCAGGAGUUGUGAAAUUCUGACGUACUGCACUAUUAUGCCAGAGCAUUUAGCAGUAGCCAUGACUUAUCAAGUCAUAUCGAAUUGGAAGACUUUGAAGAUAUCAACUGUUUCAGAUUUUUGACGUACUCCAUAUCCUAGAUAUGGAAGGAUGUACUUGCCAAUAGCUCGGACAGUCUAACAUAUCCUAGCGUAAUUGCUUCCCAUACGACACGGGAUCUCAAGUGAAUCCCAAGGCUUUUUCUUUUUUUUUGCACCAUUAGAUUUUUACUUGAUCUCUUAUACAAAUCUGAUUAUCUUCAUCAUGGGGAAAUGAAUAGGUAAUGGAGCUGAAACUUGUAUAUAUUGGUAGACAAAAUGUCCAUAAUUAGCUGCCCUCAGUUUACCUUUAGCCUUUGAACAUCAUUAAGUGAGAAUGGAUAUCUUUCAAUAGGUUUAGUUCUUUCCCCUUUUUAGCUUCAGCUCUUAAUUAAAUUGUUCAUAUUAAUUUGUAUAUUUCACUUAUACCAUUGAUUUAGUAAUUACCUCAUUGAGAUGAGAUAUAUCUGCCAGCAGUUCAAUUUACUUUUACAUUCA